AUGCAGACUGAAACGUCACUCGCUACCGAUUACCAUGGCAACGCCAGGACUUCUUGUCUGCACAGGAAACAGCCGGGAUUCAACCCUCUCAAACAUCUGGAGACAUCUCAGCGAAGCCAUGAAAUCGUCCUCGGUGGGUCAGCGGCUCGUCUUUGGGGCGCCGAGCGAUUUCUCCGCUCCGAUAUAAAUGCGAUAAAGACGUCUCUGAUCGCGGUCGUAUCAAGGCUGCGCCACACUGGCGGUUCAGUCCAACCCUGCGUUCAAGUGGUGUUCGACCAGAUCGUGUCUGUUUCCUGUGUUCAGUUUAAGGAGUUUCUGGGGACGUACAACAAGGUGACGGAGAACUGCUUCAUGGACUGCGUCCGAGACUUCACCACAAGAGACGUGAAGCCCGAGGAGUCGAGCUGCUCCGAGUCGUGCCUGCAGAAGUACCUGAAGAUGACUCAGAGGAUCUCCAUGCGUUUCCAGGAGUAUCACAUCCAGCAGAACGAGGCUCUGGCAGCUAAAGCUGGCCUGCUGGGACAGCCGCGCUGACCCUGAACCUGGGCCAGGCCGGGCCGUGCUGGUCCAGCAGAUCUUCCGGCGCUGUAAAAACGGACUCUGAAGCUGCGCGUGAGGACGUUUUGUUGUAGUUUCUGACCUGAAGCUCCGCCCCCUCAGAUUCUAUCUGCAGGGUUAGUCGGCUGUUCUGUGCAUCAUGGGAAAUGUAGUUUCAGAUUCUUUAUUAACAUGCAGAAUAUUCAUUUAAUGUGCACAUUUGUCUUUUUAUUGAACACAACGACCGACCGAUGUGGUGAUGAUGAUG